UCCACAUCUCCCCUGGGACCAGUGAGCAGUUGCAAGGCCUGGGCUGAGCUUAUCAGCCUCCCAUCCCAGCCCUUCUCUCCAGCCCCUGCUGGAGACAUAAAUAGGCCCAGAGAAAGCUGCUGCUCAGAGACUGUUGAAGCUCUUGCUCCAGGUCACCCAGGAUGAAAGUGGUGGUGUUGACCUUGGCUGUGUUCUUCCUUACAGGGACCCAGGCUCAGCAUUUCUGGCAACAAGAUGACCCCCAGUCACAAUGGGACCAAGUGAAGAAUUUAGCAGACUCAGUCAAAAACAGUAGCAGAGACUAUUUGGCCCAGUUUGAAGCCUCCGCCUUGGGAAAACACUUAAACCUGCAACUCCUGAACCGCUGGAACAGCAUGGGCUCCUUGGCCACCGAGCUGGGUAAAAAGGUCACCCCGGUUGCCCAGGAUCUCUGGGAUAAACUGGAAAAGGCUACAGCUGAGCUGGCACAGAAGAUGAACAAGAAACUGGAGGAUGUGAAGCAGAUGGUGAAGCCCCACCUGGAGGACUUCGAGAAGUGGCAGCAGGACAUGGAGCUCUACCAUGAGAAGGUGAUGCCAGUGGCCCAGGAGUUGCACGAGGGCACACGCCAGAAGCUGCAAGAGCUGCAGACAAAGCUGAGCAAUUUCAGCCAGGACCUGCGAGGGAAGCUGGAGCCCUUCCACGACCAGCUGCACCAGCACUUCACCACCAAGCUGGAGGAGUUCGGGGAGCACAGUGCUGACCUGUCUGAGUUGUACAACAAGGCCAGCAAGCAGCUGCAAGAGCUCCAUGAGAAGGCCACGCCUGUGCUGGAGGACCUCCAGGAGGCCCUGCUGCCCAUAUGGCAUAACUUCAAGACCAAAUGCAUGGACUCCGUAGCUGCCAUCGAUGAACAAAAGAAGCCUACCACCCAGUGAGAUGCCAUUGCUGCUGGGACUCCUUCUGGCCCCUCUUCUCAGGUUCCCAUUUCCAUCGCUUGGUUUCUUAAAAUAAACGUUUACAAAGUGGGA